CGCGAGCUGUGGGACCGGAUAGCAGCUGCUUUGCCUGUGGCUGUAGGAUGUGGUGAAAGGAUGGGGCUUCUCCCUCCAGAGGCUCACAAUGGCCAGAGAGGAUUCCGUGAAGUGUUUGCGUUGCUUGCUCUACGCUCUCAAUCUGCUCUUUUGGUUAAUGUCCAUCAGUGUGUUGGCGGUCUCUGCUUGGAUGAGGGAUUACCUGAAUAAUGUUCUGACUUUAACUGCUGAAACAAGAGUAGAGGAGGCCGUCAUCUUGACUUACUUUCCUGUAGUUCAUCCGGUCAUGAUUGCUGUUUGUUGCUUCCUUAUCAUUGUGGGGAUGCUGGGAUAUUGUGGAACGGUGAAAAGAAACCUGUUGCUUCUUGCAUGGUACUUUGGAAGUUUACUUGUCAUUUUCUGUGUAGAACUGGCUUGUGGAGUAUGGACAUAUGAGCAAGAACUUAUGGUUCCAGUACAGUGGUCAGAUAUGGUUACUUUGAAAGCUAGAAUGACAAAUUAUGGCUUACCUAGAUAUCGGUGGCUUACUCACGCUUGGAAUUUUUUUCAAAGAGAGUUUAAGUGCUGUGGAGUCGUGUAUUUUACUGACUGGCUGGAAAUGACAGAGAUGGACUGGCCUCCAGAUUCCUGCUGUGUUAGGGAAUUCCCAGGAUGUUCCAAACAGGCUCACCAGGAAGAUCUCAGUGACCUUUAUCAGGAGGGCUGUGGGAAGAAAAUGUACUCCUUUUUGAGAGGAACCAAACAACUGCAAAUACUUAGGUUUCUUGGAAUCUCCAUUGGGGUGACACAAAUCCUGGCCAUGAUUCUCACCAUUACUCUCCUUUGGGCUCUGUAUUAUGAUAGAAGAGAACCGGGACCAGACCAAAUGAUGUCUCUGAAGAAUGACAACUCUCAGCACCUUCCGUGUCACUCAGUAGAACUGUUGAAACCGAGCCUUUCAAGGAUCUUUGAACACACAUCCAUGGCAAACAGCUUUAAUACACACUUUGAGAUGGAAGAAUUAUAAAAAUUGUCAAAGACAGAAACCACAAACUUGUUUUAUCAGACUUGUGAAUUUUUGAGUACACAGUUAUCUGUUUCAGAAAUUUGUACACUUAAAAACAUUGCCAUAAAAUAAUGUGUAGACGUAUAAUUUUGUGCUCUUUAAAAUAAAGAGGGGAAAGUUUAUAUGUCACCACCUGGACAACAAUUGAUGCCAUUUAUAAUGCUAGAACAUAUCGAAUACCCACUUUAUGGCCUGUGUAAGGUUUCUCUGAAUACAGUUAUAUUUGAGGUGGCAUGAUUUGAUCAACAUUUCUGCAUCUAUAUAAUGAGCCACAUGUAGUGGAUUUGGAACUAAAGUCAAGAUUGAUUUACAGGAUAGCAUAUAAAUUUUCAAUUAACCAUUAACAUAGUAAGUUAGACAGUACUAAUGACUUUUAUUACUUGGUGAUAUAUUCUUUUGAGGGCAAAUAGAUCAUACAUUAAGCACAUUUACAAAAUUGGUGACAAAGUGUGAUUUUUGCUGGCUACUAAAGUAUUCUUACCACGUAAAAAAGCAAACUAACACGUUGUGUUAAACUGAUCAGGGAUGUCUGUGUAUGUCUAUGCUAACUCUGCAUAAUUCCGUAGAUUUGGGUUCUCAUAAGGUUAGGAGUAACAAUUGUGGUCUGUGUCCGAACCAUUGUUUUAGCCUUUCCCAUUAAUAGAGCUUUUAAAUUCAGUCAUGGGUCUAUAUUACAUUCAUAACUGUUAAUUUAACUGCUUAACCACUCAUUUUGAAAACUACCAGUGUGAUACAUAAUCAUUAGAAAUCUGAAUGUCGUCUGGUCUUUAGGAAGUAUGGAUGAGAAAAUUCACACAGAGUUGAUUCAGCAAACACUUGGAUGCCGUUUUCUCCUACAUGAAGACUGUUUUUGGAAAUAAACACUUCUUAAAAGAACUUAUCUUUGCCUUUUCUAAAAAAAAAAAGCAACAGUUUUGAAGUCAGUACAAUUCUCCAAUGAGUAAUAUUCUUUGUCUCAGAAAAAUGCUUGUAAGAAUCAUUAAAAUGACAGUUUGACAGAGAUUAUCUUUGCUUUAUCUCACUGAUUAAUAUGUUGUGGCAAAUUACACAGAUUAUUAAUUUUUUUACAAAAGUAAAAUAUAUUUAUUUGA